UUUUUGAACAAGAAGGGGUGGCACACGGGGAGUCUGCGCAACGUGGAGAAGGUGUGGAAGGCGGAGCAGCGGGAGGCGGACGAGCGCAAGAAGGUGGACGAGCUGCGCAAGCAGAUCGCGGACGAGCGCGAGGCGGAGGAGUUCCAGCGCCUACGGGAGCAGGCGGGGCUCGUCCCGCUGCAGCAGCGGGUGGACUUUCUGUAUGAGUCAGGGCUGUCGACUGGCAAGGGCAUGGAGGGAGGCGGCAUGGGCGGCAUGGGAGGGGCGUCCACGGACGAGCUCAUGUCGCACAAGGUGGACUUCUCCGCCUCCGCUCACACAGGCGCCCCCCCGCCCAUCUCCAAGGCCUCCACUGUCCCGGGUUCUCUGUUCGAGGGGGAACAGGGGGAGGAGCAGGCGGGACCGCCAGUGGUGAGUGCGAACGAGAUGUGGCGGCGGUUGCAUUCGGACCCGCUCGUGCUCAUCCGGCAGCGCGAGCAGGAGGCACUGACUCGCAUCCGCAACAACCCCGUUAAGAUGCAGAUGAUCCGCGCUCAGGUGAGGCAGGGAGAAGGGGGGGAUGGCGGGGAUGGGUUGACGAAAGGGUUACUGCAGUGGUGUUGUGCCCCAGGUAGGAUGCAGAGGUACGAUAGGAGCAAGAGGUACGAUGGGAGCAAGAGGUACGAUGGGAGCAAGAGGUACGAUGGGAGCAAGAGGUACGAUGGGAGCAAGAGGUACGAUGGGAGCAAGAGGUACGAUGGGAGCAAGAGGUACGAUGGGAGCAAGAGGUACGAUGGGAGCAAGAGGUACGAUGGGAGCAAGAGGGAGAAGGGGGGAUUUGAGAAUGGUGGGGAUGGUGGGGACGGCAGCACAACAGGUAGGAUGCAGCUGGUGAGAGAACAGGCCGGGCUGGGGCAGGGUGGGAUGGAACAGGGGAGGAUGGUGCAGGGAGGGAAGGAGAAAGGGCCGGAGGUGGGUGGUAGAGGGGAUGAUGCAGGUGAGGGGGAAAGAAAGCAUGGUUGGGAUGGUGAGAGAGCGAACAGGGACUUAGAUGGCAGGGGCGGGAAGUUCGAAGGAAGGGAGAGGAGGAGUGAUUGGGGUGGCAGGGAGGAGAGGCGUGGUAGGGAUGAUGAGGAGGGGAGGAUGGAGCGUGGGAGAGGGGUGAGUGGAGAAGGGGAAAGGCGAGUAAGGGAGGAGUUUAGGGCUGGUGGUGGUGGGAGGAGGGAUGAGGAGGAGAGUCGUGAGAGGGGAGGGAGAGAUGAUAGGGAAAGGAGAGGUGAGAGGGAAGGGAGAAGUGAGAGGGAAGGGAGAGGUGAGAGGGAAGGGAGAGGUGAGAGGGAAGGGAGAGGUGAGAGGGAAGGGAGAGGUGAGAGGGAAGGGAGAGGUGAGAGGGAAGCGAGAGGUGAGCGGGACGGGAGAGGUGAGAGGGAGUGGGAUGCUCAGGGUAGGAGUGAGAAAGAGAGGUAUGUGAGGGAGAGGAUCGAGAGGGCAGGAGGGGACGAGAGGGAGGGGUAUGGCAGGGAGAGGAGUGAGAGGGAAGGGGGGGACGUGAGGGGCAGGUAUGGCAGGGAAAGUCGAGAUGGAAGGGGGAGAAGUGAGAGGGGAAAUGCAGAGGAGAGAGGGGGUCGUGAUGCGAGGGAGAGGAGGGAUAAGGAUGAGACUGAGCCAGUGGGAAGAAGAGCGGCGAGAUGGGAAGAGCAAGGGAGACGAGUGAAGUCGGGACGAGAAGCAGUGCUUUCACAGGAGGGAGAGGAAGGGAAAACAAGGGAUGUGAGUGAAGGAGGGAGAGGGAAGAGGGAGAGAGGGAGAGAAGGGGGGGAGGGAAGGAGAGGUGAGGCAGUAGAGGCAGUGAGGGGCGCGAGGCAGAGGCAUGACAGCCCUUCAGAGAAUGAGGGGAAGAGUGAUGGUGCUGAGGGUGGGAAAGGCGGGGGAGGUGGUGGCAGGAGUGCAGCGCAGAUAGCACGGGAGGGUAGGGAGAGGACUGGUGAUGUGGCAGCUAGGGCAGGAGGAGCGAGGCAGAGGCAUGACAGCCCUUUGGGAGGCACGAGGCAGAGGCACGACAGCCCGUCAGACGGCAGCGAUGGGGAGGAGCGCAGAGCAGCGCCUCUCUACGGCCUCUCCUUCCACCGCAUGGCGCCCUCCCCUCCUCGCACCGCCCCACCUGCACCACCACCUGCACGUGCACCCUCACCUACUGCUGCUGCUGCUGCUGCCCUCGAGUCUGGUUGUGCUGCAGGCACGGGCAGGAGAGAGGAGGGCCCUGGCAGUCACAGCCAGAAUAGGCCGGGGGGAGGGCGGCAAGGGCGGCAGAAGAUGACGGAGGAGGAGAUGCGGCGGCGGCUGGCGGAGAUGGAGGAAAACGCGGAGGCAGUGGAGGGGGAGAGGCGGGAGCGCAUCCAGUGGGCGGCGCAGCGAGAUGCCCGCGAGGAGCAGAAGAGUGAUGCUGCUGCCCCCCGCGGGACCUUCCUCCGGGAGGCGCAGAAGGAGAUGUAUGGGGCGGGCAGUGGGGCGCCAGGGGACGCUGCCCUGCAGGCAGCAGCGGGCACGGGCAUGUCCAUAGAGAGCAGCAUUCGCCGCCGCUCACACUUCCUGGAGAAGGGGAGGGGCGACGCAAGCGCCUUCAGAAGAUGA